ACGGAAUUGACUUUUUCAGUCAAUUAUAACCGUCAAAAUAAUUAAUCAGUUAACGAUUUAUUAUUCAGCUACCCAGAGUAAGAAGGAUUCUUAGUAACAGAGCGAACCCAAACCAAGCAGUAUUAAUUGAUGAACGGACCAAUGGUAUCACACACAUUUAUAUUUUUCUAACAACUGAACCAUCAUUAGGAUUUGAUGUAUUGGAUAAAAUGAAGUGUGGAGAAUUUUUAACAAAAUGUCAACAAGGAUCAUGUAUACACAAUGUUUAAUUGGUGACGUACCAAUGUUACUACCUACUUUGAUUCUGUUAGAAAUAGGUUCACUUCUUGCCUGCCCAUCUGUGUGGAUAUCGGAUGGAGAUAACUGCUACUACAGUUCAACUGUGUUAGUAACACAUUCUGAAGCACAAACAGCCUGUAGCGGCACAGGAUCCACUUUAAUGGUCAUUGAAAAUGCGGCUGAAAAUAGUCAGGCAUCAACACUAGGGGGUGAAAGUAGUAUGUGGAUCGGCCUUGAGAUGGUUUCACACAAAAAUUGGAUAUGGGUUGAUGGGACACCAGUCAGUUUUGAGGAAUGGAAAUCUAAUGGAGAAAAAAAUGGACAAAGGGGUGGCUGUGUCUUUAUACAACCAGAUGGAAAGUGGGUCCAGUCCUCAAGCUGUGACACGCCAAUGAAAUUUAUUUGCCUUCGAGAUGUCAAUACCCCCUGUACUGAUGGAGUGUGUGACCCAGCCAGUAUUCUCUAUCCAUUGAGUGAGACUACAACACAACAUGUGACAACUCAAAGAACUACAACAUAUAUGACUACAGAACCAGCUCAAACAACAACACAUUCAACUAAACAGCCAACGACUCAAGCAACAGCACAACCAACAACACAACCGACAACACAAUCAACAACACAGCCAACGACAAAAAUAACUACACAAUCAACAACACAAACAACAAUGCAACCGACAGAAUUAUCAACACAACCAACAACACAACCGAUGCCACAACCAACAUCACAGAGAGUGACACAACCAACAACACAAACGACAACACAACCAACAGCACAACCAACAAUAGAAACAGCAAUACAACCAACAACACAAAUGACAACACAGUCAACGACAAAAAUAACUACAGAAGCAACAACACAUUCACUAACACAAUCAAUAUCUCAAACUACAUCUCAUCUUAUAACGACAACAACAGAAAAAACGUCACAACCAUCCGAACUGACUUCACAGAUGAUAUCAUUACUUAACAGUACUUUCACAGAUAGUACCCAAGCUCAAAAGGAAACUACUAUAUCAUCGGUGAAAACGACUUCUAUGAACACAGCGUCUACAUUGGGUUCAGAGAUGACUGGCUCCACAUCGGAGAUGAAUAUAACUUUAGCACCUUCCAUUGCAACAGUGGAACAAAACUAUGCCACAAAACCAAUUGCCAUAUACCUCAUAACAACGAAAGGACAAACUGAAGCGUAUAAGAGAGCUAAGAGAAUUGAAUACGAACCCGUAGAAGCAACUGCUGCUGUAACUAUAGGCUCAAUUGGACUAAUUAUCGUGUUGAUAGCUCUCAUUGCAGUAUUUAUAGGAGACCUGGGAGCGUUUUAUCAAAAUUUUAAAACAAUGCAGCGUAAUUUAUUUGGGUUAAAGCAAGAGUAUCAACUUCAAAAUGUGUCACAUGCUUCUUUGACAACGCUUAAUUAA